UAGCGGUUCAUUCGGCGCCAAGCUCUCCCCGCGAACGGUCGUGUGCGGUUCCAGAUCUGCGAUCUCCGGUCUUCGGUUGCGUUCUACUCGGUCCCCGAGAUUCGCAGGUAUAGGUAUCGAGCUUUGUUUAGCUCGGCCAACUCCAAAGUCGAGACGUGUCGUCGGGUGCGUGCGCGCGAAUCCAAAGCGAUCCGAAAAGGCAGCGUUCCGAGUUCCACCUCGCCAUCCGUCUAGCUCCGGCCCGAGGACUCGAGGAUCGACGUCUGCAUGUCUUAUAGAAGAUAAGACUUCAAGAGAGGAAGUAAGAAGGAUCCACUGCCAGCACACCCACAUACCCUCUUUACAGCCAUGGAGCGAGUCCAAUUGACCGCCUGGUUGGCCCUGCUCCUCUUCGUGGCCGCCGCCGCCACGCCCACUCCCGCUGCCUCGCCCAUCGACUGCCCGGCGGACUGCGUCUGCAGCUUGUCCCAGCACACGCACAAGCCCAAGUACCACCUCAAGUGCAGCAGCACCCAGGGCCUGCGGCUGGCCGAGAAGUCCUUCCAGUCCGCGGUGCCGGUGCACUCCAUCGACCUGUCCCACCUGAACCUCACCCGCCUGAGCCACGUGCUGGACAAGCUGCCGGAGCUGACCUCCGCCGACCUGUCCCACAACGAGCUGACGGAUGUGGGUCACCUGGGCAAGGGCCUCAAGCGACUGAGCCUCAAGCACAACCGCCUCACCUCGGACAAGUUGAAGAAGCUGCCGCAGCACCUCCAGGUGCUCAACCUGCAGCACAACAACAUCACCCACCUGCCCCUGGAGCUCACCCACAUGCACCAGCUGCGCCAGCUGGAACUCAGCCACAACGCCAUCAACUGCUCCUGCCAAACGCUGGAGGUGCGCAACUGGCUGGUGGAGCGCAUCGUCUACAUGGAACACCCGGUGAUCUGCUCCUACCCCCUGGAGUUCAGGGGUCGUCCGUGGCUGCAGCUGAAGCAGGACGAGAUCUGCAAGAAGGAGCAGUACCAAUGGUUCGACUCCGACACCGAUGAGAACGAGCUGAUGAUGGGCGACCAGCCGGCGGCUGCCUCCGGCGAACGCGAGGAUGAGGAUGAACUGGCCAAGGACUUCCUGCCAAUCGACCGAAAGGUCGUGGCCACAUCCAAGAAGGCCCGUUCGCCGCAGGAGCCGUUGCCUGGUGACCAGGUUGAAGGAUCCGGAGACCUCAGCGAGAGGAACAUGGAGCUUAAGGUGCCCACAGAAGAGGUGGCCGAGCCAGAAGCCGCGGAAUCCCAGCUGGCCAAGGCUGUGGUCGACACGCCCGAAAUCGAGGAGAAGAUCGUUAAGGACGACGACGAAGAUGUCGAGGGAUCUGGCAGCGGCGGUGGUCUGCUCAUCAUUCCGGAUGUCUCAAAGGUGAAGAUCGCCUCGGAGGACGAUCUGGAUGGCAAGCAGGAGGAGAGCGAUGUCAAGCCUGUGGAGAACCCCGAAACCAUCUUCUCCAACGACAUCGGCAUCUUCGAGGGCGGCCAGGAGGAAAAGAAGCCCGUGCAGGAAGAGGUGAUUGUGCCCGUGGUGCUGACCAAACUGGAGACCGACGUUGAGUCCGACGUGGUCACCGAUGGGCCCCUGGACAGCAGCAAGGAGUCCGAGGACAUCCUGACCGCCAAGAUGGGCAAGUCGAAGGACGACAGCAGCGCCAUCUACUAUCUGCUGGCGGUGAUUGGACUGAUCGUGGUGGGACUGGUGCUCUUCGUGGCCAUCAAGCGCUGCAAGUACGACAGCAACGCCGCCGCCCGGGACGCGGAGGCCCAGCGGCAGACGGAGCUGCUGGACAUGGACAAGAAGCAGCUGGGCAAGCCGCUGCACAAGAACGGCCAUGGCAACGGCCAGGAGCACUCGCCGCUGAUCGGCGAGAAGACCAAGCUGGACGAGGCUCAGAUCGUGAAGAAGCCGUACGAGAACGGAGAGACCAAGGACGGAGCUGGCCAGCAGCCGCUGCUCAAUGGCAACGGAACGGCUAACGGAGGCGCCAAGGAGGCCCCAGAAGGCGAGGAGCCCGCCGCCCACGAGUACUACCCCAUCAGUCCGCGCUACCCCACCCCCCAGUCGCCGAGGGCCUCGAAGUACUCCCAGCAGCAGCAGCCCGCCGAGCAGAACAACAACGAACCGGAUGGCGCCUACCUGCCCUCGUCGCCCAAGUCCGGCAGAUACUCGCCGGUCUACUCGCCGGAGACGGGUCGCGUCAAGAUCAAGCUGACGGAGACCCCGAAGCCCAAGACCCCCAUGCUGGUGACGCGCAGCAAGUCCAACGCCGGGGACAUCAUCACCACGCCCGUCAGACCCAUCGAACCCACCCACCAGGUGGUGCCCAUCAACGGCCACUGAUGCGAGCUGGCCCCCAACUCUCGACACAGCCCGACCUUUCCGACUCGCCCCCAGAAUGUUCUCCCCUUCGAUGAGAUUGCGCAGAAGAGCUGUGUUCUGCAGAUGAACAUACGAUUUCAUUCUGUUUGAUCGGCUUGGAGAACAGGAAACAGGGGUGCAUCCUCCUCAGCUUCCUCACCAACGAGCAACAUGGAGCAGCCCAACAGCAACAUCUAGAUUAACCGAAGCCGAGGCGACGACAGCAGCAAACUAUUCGCGUUAAGCACCCAACUCCCCUCUUAAGUGUGUCCGACAAGUAGUGUUAGCCAUAAGUAAAUUAAAUUACUCCUAAGCGUAAAUCUAGUUUAAUACCAAAGCUAAAAAAUAUAUGCGAUUUAAAGAAAACGAUCGUCGAGCGGGGACAGACGGCAAGGAGUCGGCUCCUUUGGAUGAGACACGCUUUCAGCCUGCAUCUGCAUGUGAUUUGUUCACACCAUACUUACUGUAUAUGUACUUUUAUAACCUACCUACUGUAAACUACUUAAGCCUCGUUCUCUUGUGAAAUUAUUAUGUGUCAAUUCAUUAAAUGCGAGCGAAUUUUAAAUUA